CUUUUAACAGAACACCUUGUUGGCAGCUGGGUCUGUGCCUUAGCCAUCACUAUGUACUUGCCCAGCAGCUCUGCCCUCCUGGCUCCUCACCACGGACUGUGGAGCCAGAGGAGUGGGAGGAGCAGUAGAAAUGUGGAGACCUUUUCAGAGGCAAUUAGAUUUAAUGCGGAUUAUGGAGUUUUUGAAGUAGUUAACAAUGCUCCACAACUUUUGGAAAAGCAACUGAAAAAAAUUCUACAAAACCAGCAACCCCGAAAUCCCAUCUAUGAUGUUGUAAGAAAAGGAAAGAAUGAUGUCCAGCCUCUUCGAAUGAAUGCCGCCUCCGAAAAUGAGACCAUUAAUGUCAACUACAAUAUUAUGUGUCUCAGUCGUGAACAAGGUAUUCAAUGGAUCAAAAAGGAAAGACUUCCAGCAUUUCUGGAAAGUGAUUGCUACUUUGAAUACAGGUUAGCCAAAUUGGUCUCACAAGUGAGAUGGAGUGAAUCAGGCAUGAAUGUCACACUAAGUACAGAUUUUUCUCCCUGGGUCCUGAGAAAACCACCCACUCCACCACCACCUGUCAUUGAAGACGACGAUGUUAUAAUUAUGAAAAAGUUCUACAUUUCUCUUGGCGAGGCCUCCUAUACUCAAGCAAAAGAUUGGUUUGCAUUAGCAAAACAAAGUCAGCAAACAGUAUCAACCUUUUCAUUACCAUCUUAUGUACUCCACAGCAAAAUUGAAUCACCAGUUAUUUCAUCUGUUUCUGAGAGUUUUAUCUUUGAUGAUGGAGUUCACCCCAGAAUGAAAAAGGACCCAUCUAAAACCACUAGAUUAAUUUCUGAAUUUGAAGAAGAAAAAGAUGAUGAUGGUUCUAUAUCUCUACAAGACACUCCUUCUCAAGCUCUUCUGAGAAUAUACCUUGAAAAGCAGGAUGUUCAUGACAACACGACAGUGCAUUUCUCAACAUAUGAAGAUUUUUUAAGAUCUUUUAUAACCUUUAUUUUGAGACUAGCAAUUUAUGGAGAGCCAUUUAGUGAACAACCAGGUCAUAUAAAUUUCAAAAAUGUAACAGAAGUUACAUUUGAUGACUAUUUUGAGCUUAUGCCUAACAGGAAUGUUUUGUUAAGUGAAACAGUUCAACCCACAAAGGAAAAGGCAGAAGAGAUUUUAGAAGAAGCAAGUUCAAAGAGUGAGAGCAUUGGAUCAGAAAGCAGGGCUGAUUGGUGUAUUUCUCACAAAACUUAUGACAUUGGAAAUAGAAAAGAGUUUGAAAGAUUUAAGAAAUUUAUAAAAGGUACAUUAGGGGAGAGAUAUUUGUGGCUAUGGAUGGAUAUUGAGAGGUUAAAGGUUCUUAAGGAUGCUGGAAGACAUCAAAGACAUCUUGAGAAGAUGAAAAAAUGCUAUCUAGUGAGCAGUGGAGAUUGCUACCUUUCUGCAGAAAUUUUAACGAAGUUUAAACUGCUGGAUGGAUCUCAGUGGAAUAAAGAACAUUUAAAGAAUAUUCAGACUGAGGUUAUAAAACCCUUACUUCUGUAUUGGGCACCAAGAUUCUGUGUUACUCAUUCAUGCUCAAUAAAACAUGCUAGUGCUGAACUGAAAUUGUGGCACCUCCGUCAAGAGAAACCAAGGAAGGAUGUUGACCCUUUUCCACAAAUGGCAACACUCUUGCCAUUGAGACCUAAAUCUUGCAUUCCACAGAUAUCUGAUACGAAGAAAGAAGAAUCCAGUUUAGUACAAACUCCUAAAUCUCCCAAGAAACCUAGAGUAAAAACAGCAAUUCAAAAACAGAAGAGUGAGGCUUUGUAUUCAAUUUCUCCUAAGGACGACAUGAUUGAUAAAGGGUCAAAGUAUGUGUCAGACAGCAGCAGAGUUAUUCGUUUAACAUCUUUUACUGACAUUUCUGAAUGUCUGAAGCCCCAGCUGGAAAGAAGAUAUACUUAUACAGAAGAACCUUUGGUUAAAACCAUGGCAGAUGAUGACUUGGGAGGAUAUGACAUGGAAAAUUUGUUGCAGUCUUUGUAUGUAGAAAAUAGAGCUGGAUUCUUCUUUACUAAAUUUUGUGAGCAUUCAGAGAACAAGUUGUGGAGGAACAGCGUGUACUUCUGGUUUGACCUACAGGCUUAUCAUCAACUUUUCUACCAAGAAACACUUCACCCUUUUAAAGUAUGCAAGCAAGCCCAAUAUCUUUUUGCUACAUAUGUUGCUCCUUCGGCCACUCUCGACAUUGGACUCCAACAGGAAAAGAAAAAGGAAAUUUAUAUGAAAAUACAACCACCGUUUGAAGACCUUUUUGACACAGCAGAAGAAUAUAUCCUUCUCCUCCUACUUGAGCCCUGGACAAAGAUGGUAAAAUCAGACCAAGUUACUUACAGACAGGUGGAGCUGGUGGAAGAAACUCGACAACUAGACUCCACAUACUUCAGAAAGCUACAGGCUUUGCAUAAAGAGACAUUUUCCAAGAAACCUGAGGAUGCUACUUAUGAAAUUGGAACUGUUAUUUCACCACUUCCUGAUGUAUCUAAACAAACAGAAUACUGGAAUAAUGUCCCUGAAGAAUAUAGGAAUUUUAAUUUUAAUAAUCUGCUUAGCAACAAACUGGAGUUUGAACAUUUCCGUCAGUUUCUCGAGGCUCAUAAUUCAAGCAUGGACCUUAUGUGCUGGAUCGACAUUGAGCAGUUCCGGAGAAUAAUUCACAAGGAUCGAAAGCAAAGGGAGGAAAAAUCUAGAUAUAUUAAAAACAAAUACCUUAAUAAAAAAUAUUUCUUUGGACCCAACAGUCCAGCUUCUCUACAUCAGCAGGACCAGAUAAUGAAUUUAAGCGGUGGCUGGGGGAAGAUUCUCCAUGAGCAGCUGGAUGCACCUAUUCUAAUUGAAAUUCAGAAGCAUGUCCUAAAUAGGCUAGAAAAUGUGUGGUUGCCAUUGUUUCUUGCAAGUAAACAGUUUGCAGAACGUCAAAAGAUAAAGGUCCAAAUGAAAGACAUAGCUGAAGAACUCUUACUACAGAAGCAUGAAAGGAAAAUCGGGGUCUGGAAGGCAAGUGAUAUUUGUUAUAUUCUUCCUCCUCCUGUGGAGAGUAAGUGGAUAUCUUCAUCUUGCGAAAUCAUUGCUUUUCGUAAAGCGUUAUUGAAUCCAGUUACUGCAAGACAAUUUCAACGUUUUGUGGCUCUAAAAGGAGAUUUGUUAGAAAACGGGGUGCUCUUUUGGCAAGAAGUACAAAAAUAUAAGGACUUGUGCCAUUCUCACUGUGAUGAGUCCAUCAUCCACAAGAAGGUCAUGACUAUCAUCAACUGCUUUAUUAAUUCCAGUAUUCCGCCAGCUUUACAAAUUGACAUUCCUUUAGAGCAAGCCCAGAAGAUUAUUGAACACAGGAAGGAGUUAGGACCAUACGUAUUUAGAGAGGCACAGAUGACGAUUUUUGGGGUUUUGUUUAAAUUUUGGCCUCAGUUUUGUGAAUUUAGGAAGAACUUAACCGAUGAAAAAAUUAUGAGUGUUUUAGAGAGACGACAAGAAUAUAAUAAGCAGAAAAAAAAAAUUGCAGUCAUGGAAGACGAAAAAUUUGCAAAGGAUGGAGUCAAACAAUAUACAAGUACUUCAGGAACUUCUAUCAAAACACCUGUUUUAAGCAAUGGCCCAGUUUUAGGCCUGCAAGCAUAUGGCCGACAGCCAACCUGGUGCUACUCAAAGUACAUUGAAGCCUUAGAACAGGAAAGGGUUCUUCUUAAAAUUCAAGAAGACCUGGAAAAGAAGUUGUUUGCAGGCACACCAUCUUUCACAAAUGUCAGGCCAACCGCUUCAGAGUGACAGCGCUUGUGGGAGUAUAUAUGCUGUUGCUGAUAGGUCAAGGAAUUCUUUAAACCAAAUUUAACUGACAUGGAAGCUCAAGUGAUUUUUUUCGAUGGUCUGUAUUAGAGCAAGCCUACCACCUAAAUAAAGUUUGGCUUGUUUUAAAAUAA